UUUAGCUGUUGCCAGUGCUUCGCAGUAGUUAUGGAGUGCAUCUCCUCGUUUCCCGCAAACACAUCUAACGGCUCUCUGUCGUGAAGACUUCGUCGUCUCUCAUCAGACGCUUUUAAUCGAACAGCAUCUUGGAUUCAAAAUUCUUCCAGAUGUUCGCCACUGUCAACAUAGGUGCUAAGGGCACCUUUUCGCUCAUCAUUCCCGACACUCAGGGCAGAUUGCUAGAAGAAAUGGAUAUCAUCUUUGGAUCUGUAUCAGCCGAAAAACGCAGUGCCGAUGUUGCGAAGUUCGAGCAUGCUCUCGACAUUGGCCCAGAGAUUGGUUCAACGAGAAGCAAUGACUACAGCGAUACGAAGGCUUGAUAACGAUGCUCGAAAAAUUUAUGUCCUACGAUCUG